AUGGCUGUUCGACUUCCAAGGCAGGACGACGUUUUCAUCGAAGGCUUUCUCAACGAUAUCCUCGUCAGUGCCGGUGGCCCCGAUGAUCUUGAUGUUUCGGUCAUCGAUUACCUUGGUAGUCUAGGAUCCAAGAUCAUCUAUGCCGGCACUGACGGACCUGAUACCUGCGGUAGUUCAACAUUAACUCCAUGCCCCCUUUUCGCAACAAAAGUUGGGAACAAACUCUCCGUGAGCAAAGUUCAGUUGCUCUACCCCGAUACCUACAGGACUUUCGUGACUGGCACGUACGAGUCGAAUGGCACCUACAAGUCUUUCACUCAAGCCGAAAUAAACUCGGGGUAUCCCUUGAUCCCUGUCCCUUCAAGGCUCUACAGCAUUGAGGACAGAAGGCCCUUGGCAGGCCAGCGCGUCGGUGUCAAAGACAUCUACGAUCUGGAGGGCAUCCAGACUACUGCCGGCAGUCAGUCAUACGUCGCAGUCAAUGGCAUCGCUAGAAAGACUGCGCCGGCUCUCCAGCGGAUCAUCGAUCUUGGUGGAGUUGUCGUCGGCAAGCAAAAGACGGCACAAUUCGCUUCCCCUGCGUACCCCUGGAACUGGAACGACGAGUACUACCCCAGAAAUCCACGAGGCGACGCGUUUUUGAGCUGUUCAGGCUCCUCCUCCGGUGCGGGCUGCUCUAUUGCCGCCUAUGACUGGCUCGACUUCGCCAUCGGAACCGAUACUGGUAUGUCAGUCCGGCAGCCAGCCGCAUUUUCCGGAACCUACGGCAACAGGCCCUCGCAGGGUAUGAUUCUCAUGGACAAUAUUGUAACUAAUGCGUACAACACCGAUACUGCGGGAGUCAUUGCUCGCGACCCUGCGAAGUGGGCUUACUUUGCCAAGGCGUGGUACGAUCCGUCACUCCAUGAGCAAACGUCUCUAAAUGGCCUACCGGCUCUGUCAUUGCCCGACGAUCGUACGUUUCCAAAGCGUAUCCUGUAUCCGUUGGAUCAUCUCCCGCUGCAGAAUCCAGCCGCCGAGGCCAUAUUGCAGAAGUUUUUGGUUGAUGCAUCGACAACGCUGGGUGCUACUAUAGAAAACAUCGACCUGAGCGCGGCUAUCGAGGAUGUUGCCGGCCGACCCCUCUUGGAGGUUUUGGAUGAUCUAUUUGUCCUUUGGACACACGAUUUGAUCAAAGAGACCGCCAAGCCUUUACUGGCCAAGCACGCUCCAGUCUUCCCCCCACUCGAUGAACCCUACCGCCAGAUCUUCCAUUCUUUGUCCGUCAAUAAUGAAGUGUAUCAGGCGGCCAUGACAAACCGGACCCGUGAUGCAGCAGCCUGGCAUGAAAAGGUUCUCUUCUCCACCAAAGACUCCUGUUCAGAGAGCAUCCUCAUCUACGACAUCGGGACUGGCGGGAUGCCGUCAUUCAGGGAGCGAGACCUCAAUAAUAUGCCGGGCGCAGCGCUGCCAGCAGAGCCCACAGGCCCUGGUGCAGCCUCGGUGGUCUCUUCAUACUUUGGCGACGUUGACUAUACCAUUCCCCUUGGACAGGUUUCCUACUUUAGUAAUAUCACAUACCAGGUAGAGACCAUGCCAGUGACAGUUAACAUUGUAGCAAAAAGAGGUUGCGACUUUGUCUUGUUCAAUAUGGUUAAUGAGUUAGCGCACCGCGGCAUUUUGCAGACUGUGUUGACAGGACAGACUGCCUUUGACAGUUAG